AUGGGAAUGCAGCUGCCCCCUGCUCUCACCCCAGCAGGAUCCCGGCUGCUCCCUCGGGCUGUCCCAGUUUGCCAUCCCGCUCUGUUUCCAUCCCAGCUGAAAUCCCAGGCUCCGGGCAGCGCGGAGGAGCUGCGGUGUCUGCAGGUGCUCAAUCAGCAGCCCGAGGGCUCCAGCCUGGAGGAGCUGAGCAGCAGCCAGGGCUGCCUCAAGCUGGCCAGCACCAUCAAAGCCUACGUGGCCACGGUGACCGAGAACAUCAUCCGCAGGAGCGCCGUGAAGGAGGCCUGGCGGAGCUACUUCAACACCUCAGAGGGGCAGAUUCCUCCCAGAACAGCUGGGAAACCCUCGGCACAUCUCACCCUCCGCCCACAGAGCCUGGCUCAGGAUGGACGCUCCCAGAGCUUCGGGAACCUGUCGCAGUCGUGCCGCCACGCCAUCGCGCACUGGGGCCACGGCAGCCUGCGCUCCCACGUGCACAACAUGAGCUACCGCGCCGGGCGGCUGCGCGUGGAGCAGCCUGGAAAGUACUACGUGUACUCCCAGAUCUAUUUCCGCUACCGCAGCGCCGGCCGCGACUCGGGCCCGCAGCUGGUGCAGUGCAUCCAGUGGCAGCCGGCCCACAGCCCGCCCGUGCUGCUGCUCAAGGGAGUGGGCACCAAGUGCUGGGCGCCCGACGCCGACUACGGGCUCCACGCGCUCUACCAGGGCGGACUCUUCGAGCUCAAGGCCGGGGAUGAGCUCUUCGUUUCCGUCUCCUCCUUGGCCAUCGACUCCAACGAUGCCGCAGCCAGUUACUUCGGGGCCUUCCGCCUCGACCUGUGACUCCCCCUGCGCUCCCCGGGGCUGGCACAGCCUCUUGUGCCCGUGGUGUCCCUUGUGCUGAGGGACGAGCCAAGAAUGGCCCGGGGACGGCUGCGGCUCGGUGCCACCCUGCAGGGAAGGGUCUCUGAGGACCCACAGGGGACAUCCCAGCCUCAGUGACACCUCCCAACGGCUCCCUGCAGCGGGAAAGGCACCAGGGCCACGUCUGCCACUGCGACACAAAGUGUCCCCGUGGUGACACCGUGAGCAUGACCCCACCUCGGCCAGGGCUGCAGGUGCUGGGACCUGGGGCUGGAAGCACCCCUAGGGUGGCACCUCUGGGUUGUGAGGGUGGGGCAGGUGCAAUGUCGGCCUCUGGAAGGGAAGGAAGGAGUUUCAGUCUGGGAGAUGUUUGGGAGAUGGUUCCAGGGAGGGCAAAGGGCAGGGCACCGCAGCAGGCGCCAGGCCUGGCACCGCACCCAGCACGUGGCACCGGGGCACGUGGUGAGCGAGCCGGGCUGCAGAGCCCAGGAGCUCAGCACGGCUGCUGAGCAAGAACCUCUUCCCACGGGGAUUCUGUCCCCCCCAGCCCUCGUGGACAGCACAGUCCCCACCUCCUCACACCUCCAGGCCUGGCAGUCCCUGCAGGAGUCCAGCUCUGGCUGAGCCCGGUGGGCAGAGCAGGACCUCAGAGGGACCAAACCAGCCCUGGGGUGAUGGAGAGCACCCCAGAGGCCGAAGGUGGGUUCAGGCAGGGCCCAGCUGGCUCAGCCCAUGGACACAGCCCCCUUGUCUAACUCCCCCCGUACUCUGUAUCCUGCUGAGACCAGGGGGAUUUGCAGGCAGUGUGGGCUGGGCUCCCACGGAGGAUGGAAUAAAGCCUUGUACUCCAGCACGGGUCUGGCCCCUUUGCACCCAGGACAAGGCUGGGCAGGGAGGAUCUGGGGGCAGCAGGGCACUGCUGGGGCACUGCCAGGGCUCCAGACAGAGCCCAGCAGAGGCUCCUGCUCCAGGGGCUCUGCGGCCACCGGCCCCACCACACCGGGGCAGUGCCGAGAGGAUGUGUUCCUGCUCCUCAGCCCAGUGCCUUCAUCCUCGCUGGGCCAGCUCCUGCACAGACCCCAUGGAAUCUGAGCCCAUCCCAGCUCCUCCUGCCCUCCUCAGCACCGGGUCCCGCUGCUCCUGCCCUCUGAGCGUGGGAUUGUCCCAGCCCAGGACACUGGGACAGCUCCACCUGGAGCUGCAGGGGACAGGCUCAGGGGAUAACGGGGAGAAGUUCCCUGGCAGGGUGGGCAGGCUCUGGCACAGGGUGGAUCCCUGGCAGUGCCCAAGGCCAGGCUGGACACUGGGGCUGGAUCAGCCUGGGACAGUGGGAGGUGUCCCUGCCAUGGCAGGGGUGGAAUGGGGUGAGUUUUAUGGUCCUUCCAGGCCAGCCCAUUCCUGCAUUCUGUGAUUCCCUCCUGCUCUAAGCCAGCCUGGGAGGUGGGGCUGGCUGCAGCACUCAUAAAACCUCCACACUGACCUGAUUUCCCAUGGCCUCGCCCUGGGGAUUCAAUCCAGACACAAAGUGCUUCCUGCAGCCGCAGCCAAAGACCCUCUGAUCUCCUCUGCCAAGGAGCUGCUUUUACCUCAGGGUGUUCACGGCCCCAGCCUCCCUCUCUGAAUAAAUCCUGCGGCCAAAGGC